CAGGUGAUUGUAGCACUUCCUCUCUUUUUGACAACAGCUAUUUGCUACGAGCAGAGAAAAGCAAAAAUAUGACGACACCCCCUUUUACAAACGCAAAUAUAAUUUAUAACUUGAAUCCACACGCAAAAAUAAUCAUUAUAUUGAGAAAUCCAAUUUCAAGACUGUAUUCGGACUAUAUCUAUUUUAACAAAAGAAUUGCCAAUGCAGCAGAUUUCCAUAGCAGAGUCAUGUCUAUGAUAGGCUCGUUAACCAGCUGCUUGAAGAUUCACAGUUUAUGUUAUUGUGCAUAUUUCUUGGAUUAUACGGUUAAAAUACAAAUCGGUAUUUACCAUAUUUACAUCGAAGAUUUCAUGCGAGUAUUCCCAAAAGAUCAAAUAAAGAUUCUCAAACUAGAGGCAUUUUCCAAAAAUAAACACAAGGCCAUGGCAGAUAUAUUUAGCUUUUUAGGAACCAGGUUGCCAUCCACAAGUUUGAUGGAAAAGAUCGCAGGACGGACAGAGGCAAAUACAAACUUUAAGCGAAAAGCAGAGGUUGGAGAAAUGUGGCCACAAACAUACAAACUUUUAUAUAAAUUUUAUAAGCCGUUUAAUGAUCAACUGGUGAAGUUACUAGGCAAUAGAUUUAAUUACAACUGAAAAUAAACAUACUCGUUCUCAGUUCUUAAAUAUUUGAAAUAUGACUUUUUGUAGUGUUAGAUUUUUUUUUGUUGUGUUUAACGUCGCACCGACACAGUUAUAGGUUAUAUGGAGACUUUCCAGCUUUGAUGGUGGAGGAAGACCCCCAGGUGCCCCUCUGUGCAUUAUUUCAUCACGAGCGGGCAACUGGGUAGAACCACCGACCUUCCGAAAACAAGCUGGUCAGCGACCUUAACCACUCGACCACAGAGUCCCCUUGAAAUAUAAAAAAAUACGUUCUUGUACAAAUCACUUGACACCUCAGUAGUUCGAAAUUGUUGAACUUUACUUCUAUUAGUAUGACAUACUAUACUUACAUGACAAAAAGUACACUAAACAGAAACAAAAAACUAUUCUGAUUUUUUGAAAUGUACCUGACAGGUAGUAUUAUUUUCGGCUUUCUUCAUCAUAACAAAACGCAAUGGAGUCAUGUAACAGCAAAUGACGUAACGUCAAUAUCCUGAAAUUCUACAAUAAAACAACCAUGUAUGCGGACAUGUAAUUAUUUUUUUUUAUUGUACUAUUAUUGUAUUGUUGCAGAGAAGGCUAUAGAACAUCUAUAAUGAAAAAGUUAUAUAAGAGCAAAAUCAGCAACCAGCUUUACAGUGCUUAUCAGUCAUUCUUCAUAAUACCCAGUUCACAGUUCAUACUUUACACUUCACGCUUCAGACGUGUCUUGAUAUAUAUAUAUAAGUAAGAACUAUUAAUUUCAUUACCUCUCCUUACCACACUCAAUUACAGAGUCAUCUUUAAUGUUGCUUGGAUGCAUUCUAUUUUUUCAAAGGAUCUUCUUUAAGGUCUUAAAAGUUGUUUGAACAAUUAUUAUAGAUAGUUUUAAGAGUAUUGUACUUUUGUUCGUAAUGCAUUCAAAACAAAUUAAAAUACGCUUAAAAUACGCUACCACUGUAUUUUGAUGUAUUUAGAAAUAUGUAGGACGAAAUUUGAAUCAUUGUUAUCAAUAUUAUGAUAUCAUUGAUUUGUUAAAACUUUGAAGUAUUAAUCUUAACAUUCUUUCUUUACUUUUGUCAACCAAGAAAUCAUCUGAAACAUUUAUCACACAUUCAAUGUUGCUUUUUCAUUUUGAAUAAAUGCAUCUAUCAGUUUAAUUAAACUAAUAUCAGUUUCGUUAUUAUGUUGUUGUUUUGUUUGAUGGGCUCAGUAUUGUUGUCAAUAAUUACAUUUUACUUUAAUUAUGUAUUUUAUGUAUAUAGUCUGUAUAUAUUAAUUAUGCAUAAAUCCCUGCUAACAUCCAUACAGUGAUAAUAGGCAUACAAUAUGGAACUGCCUUUCAUGGAAAAAGGUCUUAAUGAAAUAUUUAUUUUGAGUGAUUGUGAAAUGUGUCUAUGCAGUUAUGUACAUGAGAAAUAAAGCAUUUUGUUUUUGAGUUUCAGAAAAAAAAUCGUUGCAUUGAGAUAUUGUGUGCUUAUAUAUAAAAUAUUCACUGUUGACAAUUAGCACUGAACAAAAACUAAAACAAAAAGAA